AUGAUCCAUUGCGUUACUACUGGAUCACUGGAUUCUAAAGAUGCAGUUAUAAGGUUAUCACACUUUCAAAACUUAGCGCAUCUCCCGCGCUGUGAUUGUAUUGGCAGUGAGAAGACACUUCACGAAGUCAAGUAUUUCGGAUAUAGACUUGUUUCAUUGAUUGAGCAAGGACUAUUCAAAUUAUUGAAAAGUCAAAGCUUUACUACAACUAGUCGCAUUAGAUGGGAUAUCUUACUUUACCUACCUCUUAUAUCCUGGUCCCCUUACGUCGGAUUUCUGUUGGCAAUAGUCCUGAAGUGGAUCAAAGGUAUUUCACACCAGCUGGAUAAACGGUGA